AUGGAUUCUUUGUUGAGGACUCACAGUUCGUUCGAAUUUCUCCACACAAUCAACAGAUUUGCAGGAAACGCUACCACUUUGAGUUCAUCCAAGUCUCAAAUUCAUGAAACUAGAUUUUUCCCUAAGAAACCCCAUUUGAAAUGGGGUCAUGGAGGUUGUUGUGUUAAGGCCAGUAGUAGUGCUCUUCUAGAACUCGUUCCCGAAAUCAAGAAAGAACUCCUCGAUUUCGAGCUUCCUCUCUACGAUCCUUCAAAGGGUCUCGUGGUGGAUCUUGUGGUGGUCGGCGGUGGCCCGUCGGGCCUUGCGGUUGCCCAACAAGUUUCCGAUGCCGGGCUCACCGUUUGCUCGAUUGACCCUUCACCUCAACAGAUAUGGCCGAACAAUUAUGGUGUUUGGGUCGAUGAAUUUGAGGCCAUGGAUUUGCUAGAUUGCCUCGACACCACCUGGUCAAGCGCCGUUGUUUACAUCAACGAAAAUUCACCCAAGAAUCUCGGUAGACCUUACGGAAGAGUUAACCGGAAACAACUCAAAUCAAAGAUGUUAAAGAAAUGCAUAUCAAAUGGAGUCAAGUUUCAUCAAGCGAAGGUAAUCAAAGUCAUUCAUGAAGAACUUAAAUCUUUGUUAAUCUGCAACGAUGGUGUCACCAUUCAAGCCACAUUAGUCCUCGAUGCAACUGGUUUUUCAAGAUCUUUGGUACAAUACGACAAGCCUUACAAUCCGGGAUACCAAGUCGCAUAUGGGAUUCUAGCAGAAGUAGAAGAACACCCUUUUGAUGUUGACAAAAUGCUCUUCAUGGAUUGGAGAGAUUCACAUCUCAACAACAAUCCCGAAAUCAAAGAACGGAAUUCAAAAAUCCCAACUUUCCUUUACGCGAUGCCCUUUUCAUCCAAUCGAAUCUUUCUUGAAGAAACUUCACUCGUGGCUCGACCAGGGUUAAAAUUUGAAGAUAUUCAAGAACGAAUGGUGUGUAGGUUAAAGCAUUUGGGUAUAAAAGUGAAAAGCAUUGAAGAAGAUGAACGGUGUGUUAUUCCGAUGGGUGGGCCGCUCCCGGUCCUCCCUCAAAGAGUUCUUGGAAUAGGCGGCACCGCCGGUAUGGUGCAUCCUUCCACCGGAUACAUGGUGGCUAGAACCCUAGCUGCUGCCCCGAUUGUUGCAAAAUCGAUAAUUCAUUAUCUUAAUUCUGAAAAAACGGUGUCGGGGACGGAUUUAUCAGCGGGGAUUUGGCGGGAUUUGUGGCCAAUUGAGCGGAGAAGACAAAGAGAGUUUUUCUGUUUUGGUAUGGAUCUCUUGCUUAAGCUUGAUUUGGAAGGGACAAGAAGGUUUUUUGAUGCGUUUUUUGAUCUUGAACCUCGUUAUUGGCAUGGGUUUUUGUCAUCACGAUUGUUUCUGCCUGAGUUAAUGACUUUUGGGGUUUCUCUUUUCAGUCGUGCUUCUAAUACUUGUAGAUUAGACAUGAUGGUGAAUGGAACUUUACCAUUGGGAACGAUGAUCAACAACUUGGUUCAAGAUCGAGAAUAG